AUGGCCGGGAAGGCGAUCAAGGAUGCCGUGCGCCUGGCCCGGGACAGGGGCCAUCUCCAGCUGGACCCGGCGCACGUCUUUGCUGUCCUUGUCAAGGAGAGGAGCACCCUGCCGGCGCAAGUGCUCUCGCGGCUGAAUGGCGACAGCCAGGAGGUGGCCAAAGGCUGUGACCGACUUUUGAGCAGCUUCAGCUCCCAGAGCCCGGCGCCAGAGGACAUUGCCCCGAACAACGCCAUGCGCGGUACCCUUGCAGAGGCAGAGAGGCUGAGGGCUGCCAGCGGCGACAGCUACCUCAGCCUGCCCGACCUUUUCCUAGCACUGCUGAAGCAGAAGUCGCUGAGAGAGGUCGUGUCUUCAGCGGGCUACAGCAUCUCGGCUGUGGAGAAGUCCAUCCAGGAAGUCCGAGGAUCACGGAAAGUGGACAGCCAGACCGGCGACGAGAACUUCGAGGCCCUGUCCAAAUACGGCAGGGACCUCGUGGCCGAUGCGGAGAACGGCAAGCUCGACCCCGUCAUCGGGCGCGAUGAUGAGAUCCGGCGCGUCGUGCAGGUCUUGGCUCGGCGCACCAAGAACAACCCUAUCCUGGUUGGAGAUCCAGGCGUUGGGAAGACUGCCAUUGCGGAGGGCCUGGCGCAGCGUGUCGUGGUCGGCGACGUCCCCGAAGCGCUGCAGGGCUGCCGCAUCGUCGCCCUCGACGUCGGAGCCCUGAUUAGCGGGGCCAAGUACCGCGGCGAGUUCGAGGAGAGGCUGAAAGCAGUGCUCCAAGAAGUCAAGGAUGCCGAGGGAAGAGUUGUCCUCUUCAUCGAUGAGGCGCACCUCUUGAUAGGCGCGGGAAAAACGGAUGGAGCCAUGGACGCGGCAAACCUCCUCAAGCCCAUGUUGGCGCGCGGAGAGCUCCGCUGCAUCGGGGCCACGACGAUGGACGAGUACCGGCGGUACAUCGAAAAGGAUGCCGCCCUGGAGAGACGUUUCCAGCAGGUCCACGUGGAAGAGCCUUCCGUGCAGACCGCCAUCACCAUCCUGCGUGGCUUGAAGGAUCGGUACGCAGCCCACCACGGUGUGAGCAUCCAGGAUGCUUCGCUCGUUGCCGCGGCGACACUGUCCAGCCGGUACAUCACUUCCCGAUUUCUCCCCGACAAGGCUGUGGAUCUUCUGGAUGAAGCUUGCUCCAAGAUCCGUGUGCAGCUGAGCUCUCAACCAGAGGCCAUCGACAGCCUGGAGCGCCGGCGGCAAUACCUGGAAGUGGAGGUGAAAGCGCUCAGCAAGGAGAAGGACCACGGCUCCAAGACGCGGCUUGCAGAGGCCCAGAAGGAGCUCUCAGCCGUCUCCGAGCAACUUGCACCACUGCGAGCCCGUUACCAGCAGGAGCGAGAGCUCAUUGACGACUUGCGCAAGGCCAAGCAGAAGCUGCAGGACCUGAAGAGGAAGCUCGAGGUCAUGGAGGCGCGCCACGAUGUCGACGCUGCCGCGGAUCUCCGCUACGACGCCAUCCCGGGGGUGCAGCAACGCAUCCGCGACCUUGAGGCCAAGAAGAAGGAGCAGGAAGACGACUCUGAGAGCCCGCUCCUGGUCGAGACCGUGACCCCUGCCCACAUCGCCGAGGUGGUCUCCCGCUGGACUGGCAUUCCGGUGUCCAAGCUCUCGCAGGGGGAGAAGGCCAAGCUCUUGAAUCUGGAGGCGGAGUUGAACCAGCGCGUCAUCGGACAGGAGGAGGCGGCCGCUGCUGUGGCGCGCGCCGUGCUGCGCAGCGCCGCCGGCCUCGCGCGGCGGAACCAGCCCACGGGCUCCUUCCUCUUCGCUGGGCCCACAGGGGUCGGAAAGACCGAGCUGGCAAAGGCGCUGGCCGCAAACCUCUUCGACAGCGAAGCGCGGAUGAUCAGGUUUGACAUGUCCGAGUACAUGGAGCAGCAUGCCGUCUCAAGGCUUAUCGGUGCGCCCCCGGGCUAUGUGGGACACGAGGCUGGUGGCCAGCUAACGGAGGCUCUGCGUCGUCAUCCCUACAGUGUGGUCCUCUUCGACGAGAUGGAGAAGGCGCACCCGCAAGUUCUCAAUGUGCUGCUGCAGCUCCUCGACGACGGCCGCAUCACCGACAGCCACGGCAGGACGGUGGACUGCACAAACUGUGUGGUGAUCAUGACCAGCAACCUCGGCUCAGAACAUCUCAUGGCAGAGGCUCGGCAUGGGCUUGGGCUGGAGAAGGCGCGCUCCAUGGUGCUGCAGACGAUCCGACGGUCGCUGAGGCCAGAGUUGCUGAAUCGCCUGGACGACGUCGUUGUCUUCAGCCCACUGUCUGGUGACGUUCUCCGCCAGGUCGUGCGGCUGCAGCUUGCGGAUGUCGUUCACAGGUUGGACGAGCUCGAGGUGACCAUGCACAUCACCGACGCAGCUGUGGACCACGUACUGACGGCUGCCCACGACCCAGAAAUGGGGGCUCGGCCACUGAAGCGCUACAUGGAGCGACAUCUGGUCUCGCGCCUCAGCACUCUGAUCCUCGAAGAUAAGCUGCCCGGUGGCAGUUCGGUCACCAUCGACUGGAAGACCAUUGGAGGGCGAGGUGAUUGGGACUUCGAUGUGGCCAUGGUGGCGAUUUUCAACACUGGAGAGCGAGCUGUGGAUCUCGUCCUGAUGGCUCCGCGGAACAAGAGCACGAUGCUGUAUUCGAUCGCCGAGAUGCCCCAUGAGUUUCGACCAGCGGCCCAGUUUCUUCUUCGUCAGCGCGAUCGCAAGAUGAGGGUUCGAGUGCUCCAGCACUUCCAGCCUGUCUUGGAUGCUGAUGCAGAGGAGAUGCGAGUUUCGAAGGCAACGAACUCUACGAAGCUUGGAUCUGCUAUUAUGAGCAAGUUUGUGGACGUCGCGGGCAACAAUUUGAAGCGAACAGUCAAGCUUGAGUUUCAAGGGGCCACGACGGCCACCAUUGCCAUGGAAGCCAUCGAGAAGGCGCAGCACAAAGCCCACCGUCAGUUUACCUGGACCGUGCGGAAGGUGUACAAGCCCGCCGAAGAAGGCGGGACGGGCCGGGACGGGCCGGACAAAGUGUCUGGGCUGCCGGACUUAGAGGACGCGCCUUACGAGAUUGCAUCUUUGCAGCUUCUGUUUGACCUGAAGGCGGCAUCAGCACCGUCAUGCAUGUCGCGACCGGGCUGCAAUGGUGCCAGCCAUUCAUUUCAUGACACGGCCUGUGUGGUUUAUUUGGUGUAG